AUGAAUGAAUGCACAGAAGAAUAUGAGGACUCAUUAACUAGACCACUGAAUGAUGAUAAUGGCACGCCAUUAGCUAGAACAUGGAAAGACCAAACUUCAUUCUUAUGCACUAUUCCAGUUCAACGUGAUGGAGCGGGUAUAUUCUUUGAUGGAUUAGAAACUUUCAACUCACAAGUUACAGUACAAGUGAAAGCUUAUCCAAUCAUUCAGGGUGAAAAUGACACUUACUGUUCAAAGGUGACAAAUCCUCCUCAGGUUUGGUUUACUAGGACUACAUAUUGGACAUGGACACCGGAUGAAUGUUUGAAAUAUCAUCCAACAGGUACACCAUCACAGUAUAGAAGUUCAUAUGAUGAAAUAUUGAUGAAUAGAAAUGUUUAA